AUGGUAUAGAAAAAGCGUGCUUAUAAUAGAUGUAGAAUAACUAUAAGGCAAAGAGUUUCUCACCAACAAGUUUGAACAAGUCAGUCAGUCAACCAGACGAGAAAAGAGAACAGUAGAACAACUUAAAAAAAUCGAGAAAAGACAGUCAAAAAUGGAACAACCGAUACUCCAGUACACCAUGAAUAUAGGACAGAGAAAGGUUAAAGUUAAAUGGGAUGAAAGUAUGGAAAUCAACAUCUUAUUCUGUGCUGUAUUUAACUCAAAUACAAAAGAAUUAUAUUUUUAUCGUAAACGUGUUGAUAAUGAUGAUGAUGAUGUUGAUAAUGAUGUUGAUAAUGAUGAUGAUGAUGAUGAUGAUGAUGAUGAUGGAUUUAUUAAUGAUGAACUUGAGUUUUCUAUUUAUGGAAGAAAUACAAACAAAAUUCAACUUCUGGGAUCAAGUACAUUUAUAAGUCCCCGUAGAUUGUAUGAAAACUCAUGCCAACUGAAAGCUGAAAAUUUAUUACAACGACCAGAUUCAUAUGUACCUGAAAAUGUUGAAACAAUUCAAGUGCAUCAAAACAUUCAAGUACAAGAUGGAGAACGCAAAAAGCAAAUAGUAUUUGAACUAACAGAUGAACCAAAUGAAAAUUUAUACAUCCAGCACGUUGUUAUAACUUACAAAAAAAACAGCGACAUAAGGCGUAAACAAUAUAUGGAAUUAAUCAAGACAUCCGAAAGCGAAAUUCCUUGGGGACUGUCAAAUAGUACCAGAUCCAGAUGUAAAAUUACCUGUCUAUUUCAUAAAGUAAAUAAGGUGUCCGAUGUUAAAUACUUUGUCACUAAUUCAUAUUGCACAGAGUUUAAUACACAUAACUCAACAGACGAUGUUAACAGUUUAUAUAAAAAAGCUAAAGAGUUUAUAAAAGAUACAGGUAAGAUACCUGUACGUUACCUGUAUCGCAAUAAACCCAGCGACCAUUCUACUAUUCAAGAUAUGGAGAAAACUGGGAUCAUGAAGAAAUAUAUAAAAGACAAUGCUGGAGACCCUUGUUCUUCCAUUAAUAACAGAAUUCAUGGACUCUUUUUUGCUGCUUCUCCAGACAGAUUGACUGAGGAGCCACCCAACCGCAGUCCUUAUGGUGACUAUCGCAUUAUGAUUAAACCUAAAUACUUGCUACAUGUACCUGGUCUCAAUCUAUAUUUUGCAGACCUGUCCUGUACCUACCCAGAUAGCCCACAUAAUGUUACACUUGUGUUGACCAAACGUGGUAGUACAGAAGAUCGUUACUGUCAAAACAGGCUUAUUCCUUUGAAUAUCGAAGAGAAUGAAUUUUUGUGGUACAGUAAUGAAGACGACCAAUACUAUACAACUGCUCACAGUCGGUUGUGGGUUGAAUUGUGUUAUACAGAGGACAUUGAGGUUCACCGAAUGCGUACCAAUGGAGAACUAGAGAUCGUCACUAAGUGUCCAGUUUUUGGGCAAGAUCGAAGUAGACCAGAAGGCACACGAAAAGAAAUAGGUUGUAAAAUUUGCAAUCUCCCUAGGAGUGUGAUGGGAUUUCAAAAUGUUAGAUUUAGAUAAAGAGCUAGCCAUUCUUGCUAUAAUAGUUCGAAAAUAGAUAAUGUGAAAUGAAUAAUUUGAAAAUUUCAUUCAAAUUACGCUACUGCGAGCCUUUUCAACCAUAGCGCCAUUCCUAUGGAAUAACCUCCCACAACAUCUUCAUCAGCAAUGGUAACUAAGUUCAAUUAAGCAUGGUCUUUAAACCUAUUUAUUCAGCGGGCAACUUUUUAUUUUUACCUUAGAAUAAUUGUAUGGCUUUUAUAAUUAAUGUUUUAGCUUUUAUCUUAUUUUAUUUCUCAUCAUUUUUAUUUAAUGUUUUAACUUAUAUCUCAUUUUAUUUUUUAUUAUUUAUAUCGGUAUCUAAUACAUUAUAUUUUAUUUAAUUUGUGAUUAUGUCUAUCACUUAACUUUUAACUCCUGUAAAGCAUUUCUGAAACAAAUGUGUGGAACGCUAUAUAAAAAUAAAUUAUUAUUUACAUGUAAUAUGUUUUGACUUCAUUAGACUAUAGGCCUACCACUGUAAAGCAUUUCUGAAACGAAUGUGUAGAACGCUAUAUAAAAAUAAAUUAUUAUUAUUAUUUACAUGUAAUAUGUUUUGACUUCACUAGACUAUAGGCCUAACACUAUUGCUUUAACAAAAAAUAAAACCUGAUCUUUGCAUGGAUUUGAAAAAAAUGUAAAGCAAAGAAAGAUUCUUUGAGUUGUUGUAUUAUAUUAUAUAUAAUUAUUUUCUUAGUAUAUUUAUUUUUGGCAGAUGAAAUUAUCUGGCUGGUAUAAAAGAUUUUAAAUAAUUAUUUUUGAUAAACAUUUCAAUUCAUUUGACAGGGAAAAAAAAAAAUGAAAUCAAUGUGUGCUAGCCCUUCUCAAAACACACAAAUUGGACUUUUACAACAUCUUUGAGGAAAAUAUGUCAGAUGCUGCAGGUCAGUUUUUGUACCAUUAACCCACUGCGAAUCAGUUCACACACUCUAAUUAGCUGAUAGCAUCGACUAAUCAUUUUUGGCAUCAACAUUAGCUAACACAAGUACAAGAUCAAUCAACUGUUUUCUAUUGUAUUCAUUUCUUUAAAUUAAUGCUAAUUGGGUGAUACAAAUAAACCAUCCAAUAUAAAGGAAUGUUAUAUUCGUCAAUAGUACAAUAAAAAUGAAUUGUUUUAGAAAUGGAUCUCCGGGAAAAUUAACAGUGUCAACGACUUUAGCAUUGGUCCAACAUUAUCAAGAUAUAACUUACGUCAAAUAAUUCUUCAAUAUGGAGAAUGAUAUGGAAUCAGAAUUUUUAAAAUUUGCUGUCAGUCAUAUAGCAGAAUAUGAUAAUGUCGAAGAAAUAAACUUUUUAUUCUUGACAUUAUGAAGUGAAGAAUAUGAAUAGUCCAUCUUGGGACAUGCUUUCAGUGAUUUAGACCAUACAACAAAACGUAAAACCAAUAAUUGUAAAAUAUGGAAAGCUAAACUGAAUCAAAAUUUUUAAGAUUUUCUUUAAAAAAUAAAACACAAUUAUACCCUUUCACACUGGCAGAAGUGUUCAAAGUUCAAAGUAAUUAUAUAACUUUUAAAAAGAAAUAUUGCAUCAACUGACCAUCACUUCAUAUUAUAAUGUCGAAGAUUUGAACUACUGGUAUGUAUUUUAAUUUUCGACGCUAUGAAGCAAAGAAGAUGACAAUCCCCCAAUAUAUCCAAAGGCUGAAAUGUCGAUAGCGAUGAAGUGAUGGUCAGUUGGUGUGAUAUUUCUCUUAAAAAGUUCUAUAAUUAUAUUACUUUGAACACUUCUGCCAACAUGAGAGACUACAAUUGAGUUUUAUAUUUGAAAAUAAAAUCUAUAGGAUAUUUGUACACAUUAUUUUACCGUUAUGACAGAGAAAAGUCAUACUUUUAGUAGAACAGAUAUUUCAAAAUGAUUUAUAAUUAUAGUAUAAACAUAAUUGUUCAUUUAUAGAAUUGAAUUUUAUCUUAUUGGAAAGUACACAACAAUCUGUACAUUUUUGUAAUAAAGCAUUUCUUUGUAUUGAAA